UUCACUGAUACGUGCAACUUCAAAUGAUGAAUCUUCUGUUACAGCAAAACUAAAUAGAAAUAUUGUUUUCAUUUGUGUACAAACCAUGGCAGUAAAUUAAACCACGUGGCUUAACUUCUGAAUCUCAGAUAAAUACCAUGGGACAAUGCCCCUGACGGGAGGGAAGGACAAAUCAUUGUUCCGCAGAAGGACAAGAAUGAAGGAAGAAGAAGAGGCGAUUGCCAUUUUAGUUAAUGUGCCUGUGACAGAGGAAGAGAGAGAGACAGACGUUCUGAACAGCAGUUGCAAUGAAAAUGAGGUGACAUCAGUUAGGCAUUGGAGUGAAGUGGUGUGCAGUCCAUGGGAAUUUGUGAAAAGCUUUCUGCAGUGGUUUGCAGUGAUGAGAGAAGCAUUUGGAGGACCAUUCCUUGGAGUUGUCAUGGUUGUCUAUGGUGUAAGCCAGGGCUACGCAGAAACCAUGAAGCGGCUUGCUACCAAUUACUAUUGGAGAGAUGUGCAGAAGAUGCAGCCUGCAUCUACCCAAGUUUUAAUGGCUUUAUCAACUAUACCAUGGGACAUAAAACCAAUCUAUGGCCUCAUUACUGACACAUUCCCCAUUGCUGGGUAUCGAAGGUGGCCAUAUUUAGCUAUAUGUGGUAUCAUUGGUUGCCUAUGUCUUUGGGCACUUUCAUUCUUUGAGCUAGUACCUUGGAUGGCAACCUUGUUGAUGGCUGGGGUGGCUAUGUGUACGGCAUUCCCAGAUGUUGUGACAGAUGCUACAGUGGCACAGCAAAGUAAAACCAUUCCCAAAUUUGCAAGCGAUUUACAAAGCUUAUCUUGGGGAAGCAUGGCAGUGGGUGGGUUGUUUGGAUGUGGAGUUUCUGGGGCAGCAGUGCAUGAAUUGGGACCACAAAGUUCUUAUCUGUUAGUUUCAAUUGCGCCCCUCAUGCUUAUUGUUGCUGCAUUGGCUCUUCCAGAAAGUCGUUCACCCAAGACGGUGCUUAGAAUUCAAUUUGGGGCACUGAUGCACACCCUCCGCCUUUUUGGGAAAACUUUACGAGAUCCUACCCUUUGGAGACCUGCACUCUACAUAUACCUUUCACAGGGUUCCUUAUGCCCAGAUAUUUCAGAGGCCAUGUUUUUCUGGCUCACAGAUCCUGAGGCAGGUCCUGGCUUCAGUGAAGAAUUUAUGGGGUUUGUAAAUGCAGUUGGUUAUUUGGCCAUGUUUAUUGGCAUAGUUGGGUACAACCAUUGGUUCCGCUGUCAAACUUUCAGAAAAAUGUUUCUUUGGUCUCAGGUAACGUCUUCAUUUAUUGGGCUUCUUGACAUCAUAAUUGUCUGCAGAAUGAACCUUAGAAUGCAUAUUCCAGAUCGAGCUUUUGUUUUAGGUGAUCAAGCUUUGACAGAUGCCAUUUCCAAGAUUCAGCUAAUGCCCAUGCUUGUUCUAUCUUCCCAGCUUUGUCCCAUUGGAAUUGAGGGCACUGUCUUUGCAUUCCUGAUGUCAGUGUCCAACUUUGGGAGUACUUCUGGUACAUGGUUAGGUGCACUUCUAUUAAAAUGGCUACAUAUCCAAAGGGAUGAUUAUAGCAGACUUUGGUUGGCAGUGCUAAUCCGCAGCCUUAUGAGACUCUCCCCUCUCUUCUUUAUCUUUCUGGUACCAGACUGUACAGUGGAAAACAUCAGGCCCCUAAACAUUUCCCUAACAAAUGACCUAGAACUGGAAGAGAGUACAAAGGAUAUCAUGCCCUUCAAUAAGGUUUCUGUACAUGAGUUAGACGAAUAGUGUGGAUAUAUACAUUAGAUGUAGACAACAUUACUCUACGACAAAGUUUAACUUGGCAUGAUGGAGGAGGGAAAAGUUCAGUUUCAUACUAGAAUUAUGGAUUGAGAUUUGUAAGUUGCAAAAUACAUAAAAUUUACAUUGUCCAUCUCGAGGACCAGCCGGAUGAGGAUUGUAGAACUACAAACAAUUAUGCUACAUAUGAUACAAACUAGCAAGACCUGGACUGGUACAUCUCAUGAACUCUGCCAUUAAGAUUUGGAAACCUUAAAUAUAUUGCCAUUAUAGACUUCGUCACUACUAUAAUGAAGGUUUUCGUUGCAGCUCGUCUUGGAAUUUUUAAGUUUCCUAUUGAAAUGGAAAUGAUACAGAACAAUCAGGUAACAGAGGCCUCUAGCUUGCUUGUAAGCUUGUCUUACAUUCCUUGAUGCCUCUUGCUCCCCUGCUUUUUAUGAUUACAAAGGUUGUAAAUUUUUUAUUCUGGAUUCAAAUCUUAGUUAUGUUGAAUUCAGAAAUCUAAGGCUAAUUUAUAUAAAUAUUAAUUUCUUCUUGCUGCAAAAGGAA